AUGGUCAACAGCACAGGUAGCAAGACCGGCAAACAGCUACGCACGUUAGACGGUCAUUCUGACUCAGUUGUGUCCGUAGCCUUCUCACCGGAUAGCCAGUUAGUUGUCUCUGGCUCCGACGAUAAUACUAUUAAGCUGUGGGACAGCAAUACUGGUCAGCAGCUACGCACCAUGAGAGGUCAUUCUGACUGGGUUCAAUCAGUGGCUUUCUCACCCGAUGGUCAGCUAGUUGCGUCCGGCUCCUAUGAUAAUACUAUUAUGCUCUGGGACACCAACACCGGUCAGCAUCUGCGCACCCUGAAGGGCCAUUCUAGCCUAGUUGGUGCGGUGGCCUUCUCACCCGAUGGCCAUAUGAUAGCCUCUGGCUCCUAUGAUAAGACAGUAAAACUCUGGAAUACCAAAACAGGUCAGCAACUGCGUACCCUGGAGGGCCAUUCUGGGAUAGUUCGAUCGGUGACCUUCCUUCCAGACAGCCAGACAGUUGCCUCUGGCUCCUACGAUAGCACUAUCAAGCUCUGGGACACAACAACAGGCCUGGAACUGCGCACCAUACGGGGUCAUUCUGGUCCGGUUCGGUCGGUGUCCUUUUCACCGGAUAGCCCAAUGAUUGCUUCCGGCUCCUACGACAACACUAUCAAGCUCUGGGAUACCAAAACCGGUCAACAUCUGCGCACUCUGGGGGAUCAUUCUAGCCCGGUCACCUUUUCACCGGAAAGCCAGACGAUAGAAUCAAAUUCCUUGCUAUCCGUGGAGAAUCACUGGGUGACCUUUGCAUCUGAGAAGGUGCUAUGGCUCCCUUUUGAUUAUCUUCCAUUUUCUGGUUCCAAGGCCGAAGGGAAUACACUUGCCCUUUGGUAUGCAGAUGGACGAGUGUGUGUGUUGGAGUUUCGUGCACCUGUCGCGUAA